AUGACACUUCUAGAAAAUCGGGCGACUGUUCUGAAUGGCAGUGGUGCGGCUGGUGGGGACAGCUUUUUGUCUGCAGGAGAUCCACAUCAUGCAAGCAAUUCAAGCAAAACGAAACAUGUUGGCUUUGAUCGUGUCCAAGUGAGGCUGUACCCAAUCGUUUUGGGAGACCACCCCUUUUGUUCUACUGGUUGCCCCAUUGCUCUGGGCUGGAAAUUCUCAAAGGAAGAAAAGAUGAAAGUCGACGAAUACGAGGCCUCACGGCCGAAACGGGCUGGUCUGGAAGAUCUUCGCAUCUCGGGUGAAGAACGAAACCAACUCUUGUCGCGGUACUCUGAAAUGGAGAAACAAAGGGUGGAACGGGACAUCUACCUGGCACGACGCCGUCGACGGAGAGCUCAACUAGCCAACCGUUUCAUGAUGGCAUACUAGCUCGGGGGGGUAAACUGCUACUAGCAAUAAAGGGGUGCGCCUUAUCUAAUCUCAUCGUAUCUGUACUACUAGCUAGUGGAAAUUCAGCC